CACUGGAGUCGUGCUGUCGAAUGCUUCGUAACUAUACACAGAACUAGAUGGCCGCUCUGAUACCUGACCAUUCGUGGAGAUAUUCCCAUCACUUGUAGGGUCAGACAGGAUGUUUUUUUCAAACGACAUUGCUCUCUGCCGCUCGAAACUCCGGAGCGAGCUUAACAUAUCCCAGACAGGUGUUUCAGCCAUUUGUGGGCUGUAUGAAGAACAACCUCACUGUUUUAACCAAAUUACAGGUCCCAAAUGUGUUUCCUUGCUGUCAUCGUGCCACAAAGACACCUCUUCCUCUACGUUAUAAGUACAUGGACCGAUACCAUUAUGGAAUCUACGCCAAGCAGCCUGCACUGGUGAAAGACUGCGCACUGGAGUCAGCCCGGCUGGCCAUCGUGCGUGCCACCAAAACUAAGGAAUUGUACAUCGUGACAGCAGACAUACCAGUAACCAGAAAACCAUUAGGGAGCAAAAUGGGAAAAGGAAAAGGCAAAGUCGAUCAUUAUGUGGCAAAUGUUAUGGCGGGAAAAGUUCUCUUUGAAUUCAAUUGUGACAAUGAAACCCAAGCCUUAGAAGCUUUUAGGCAAGCCACGCACAGGUUGCCAAUGCGCACACAUCUGAGAGUGAAACCUUCCGGGAAAAAAACAAUAUGGACUAAUUUUUGAGAUGCAUGUGCAAUGCUUAAAUUAUACAUGGCCACCUUAAAGACUCUCCCUUGAGGAGGAACGUUUAACUAAGAAGCUUGCCAUUUCUACUCAUGAAUUUUUUUCCAAGAAUCGCAUACAGGUUACACAAACUAAAAGUAAAGGUGUCUUGUAAGAUGAAUGUUGACAUCAUGCCUUGUUGACAAUUUUGAAAAUGCGUUCAGUUGUACGUUUGAAACAAUGUUUUCCAUAUGGGAAUGUGGGAGCAGGAGAAUACAAUCGAAUAUAACGAGAUUAUUCUGUACGUCGGAGUAAAUUAACAGCUGAAGCGGUGAAAUUUGAUACGGAGAAUUCUGUGUUGUAGCUGGAGGAUCCUCUGAUCGGCGAAGCCAGAUGAAGAACCUCAACAGAAGCUCAAUUUUCGUCGUUGUAGGUACUGAGACUCCGGGCAAUUUAUCCAGAACUUCUUUCUAAAAUUGCACAAUUAAACUCAAGAUGUUAACCAUUUUA